CUCACUGAUGGAGGUCUGGGUGGAGGACCCAUACAUAAGACACACCCACCAGCUCUACAACUUUGUUCGGUUCUGCGAGAUGCUGCUCAAAGCGCCGUGCAAGGUGAAGAGGAUCCAUCUCCUCACCUCACAGGAUGAACAGGACAGCAGCCAACAGACAAGAGCUUUGGCUGAACUCAAAGAGAGUCUCAGCGCUCACAGGAUGGAUCUGGAUGUGCAGUACUCCUCCACCAUCCACGACAGGGAGAGUAGGUUUGACAAUGGUUGGAUCAUAAAGAUAGGAAGAGGAUUGGAUGGCUUCAAGAGACAUAAGAACUUUCACAAGCAGUUCAAGGAGAUGGCAGCUGCAAUGGAGACUGUAUGAUGGCUGUAACACCUCAGUGCUUGUAAGCAGUGGAACCCUAGUUGUAUUGGCACUGGGGUUUGUCUGCUGGCUGUUUUGCAAAAUGUGCAUUCGAUUUGUUCCAACUCUCAGGUUUGCCUUUAAGUUUAUAUAUUUUAAUGCCAUUAUUUCAGUGUAUGGGUCAUCCUUCCAUCAACUUAUCUAGAUAUCAGGAAUUUAAUGUGGUGUAUACAUACGCUGCUAAUACUACAAAUCCAUGACUAAUAAUAUUUGUGUUCAUUAAUUACAGAAUGUAGAACAUUGAUAUGGUUUACUUUAAUCCGUUUUCUACUGGCUUUGUACUUAUUAUACAUUU